AUGCCUGAUGUGGACUCUGUAAUGGUGGCCUUUGAUUUUUCCCUUGUUCUAAGGCCAGCAUGGAUGCCAUCAGCCUCAAGAUCUCUGAAUCCAUACAUAGUAUGUUUUGUUGUCGUCUCAGUUGUGGUGCUCCUGGCCGUGACCACAGCUCUACUUGUCUACUUUUUAGCUUUUGAUCAAAAAUAUUACUUUUACCGUAGCAGCUUUCAAAUCCUAAAUGUUCAACAUAGUGAUGAGCUAAAUUCACCAGUUACACAGAAAUAUAGGACUCUGAGUGCAAGAAUUGAGUCUAUGAUUACUAGAACAUUCAAAGAGUCAAAUUUAAGAAAACAGUUCAUCAAAGUUCAUGUUGUCAGACUGAGGCUAAGUGGUAGUGAUAUGAUAGCAGAUACUGUCAUGAAAUUUAAAUUCACCAGGAAUAACAAUGGACCAUCACUAAAAAGGAGAAUUGAAUCUGUUUUACGCCAAAUGCUGAACAACUCUGAAAACUUGGUAAUGAAACCUCCAACUGAGUUAACAGAAAUAACUGACCAGGAUACAGAAGAUAUUUUAACUCAAGAAUGUGGGAUCCGUCAAGGCCUAAUAACAUUGUCUGAUGAGAGAAUCAUAGGAGGCACUAAAGCUAAGGAAGGAGACUGGCCAUGGCAAGUCAGUUUACAGUGGAGUAAUCAUCACUACUGCGGAGGUGUCUUGAUCAGUAACAGGUGGAUCCUGACAGCAGCUCACUGCUUCACAAGACACUCUGAUACUCUUCUGUGGACUGUCACCUUUGGUAUUUCCACAACAUCUCCUAAAGAGAGAAGAAGAAUAAGGACUAUUUUAAUCCAUAACAAUUAUAAACCUGAAACUCAUGAAAAUGAUAUUGCACUUUUACACCUUGAUAGAGAAGUCACCUUUAACAGAAAUAUCCAUGUGGUGUGCCUCCCAGAGGCUAGCCAGAAUAUUCCACCUGGUUCCACUGCUUAUGUAACAGGAUGGGGAUCUCAAAGUUACACGGGAAGUACAGUUACACAUCUAGAACAAGCACGGGUCAAUAUAAUAAGUAAUAAUGUAUGUAAUGCACCAUCUAGUUAUAAUGGAGCCAUCCUGCCUGGAAUGCUAUGUGCUGGACUAUCUCAAGGUGGAGUGGAUGCAUGCCAGGGGGACUCUGGCGGCCCACUAGUACAAGAAGACGCACGGCACCUCUGGUUCCUCACAGGGAUAGUAAGCUGGGGAUAUCAGUGUGGUCUGCCAGAUAAGCCAGGAGUGUAUACUCUAGUGACAGCCUACCGUGACUGGAUACACCAACACACUGGGAUCUAGUGCAAUAAAUAACAUCUCUGUUGCAGAGUCUGAAUGCAGAUGUGCCUGUAUGAAAUUCUAAAACUUUUCAGCUGCAAAAAGAAACACUGUCCUAUUUUAACAUUCUGUUACAUAAAUACUAAAGAUUAAAUACUACUUAACUUUUAGUUGUUACUGUGGGUUUUAUAUUUUCUCAAGAAAAUUAUAUGAAUGUUGCAUAGUACUGUGCCAGGGGGAACACUGUAAACUAGUUAUAGAGAUAACAAUUAUACUAUACUUGUGAUAACAUAAAUGCUAGUAGUGAGAGAAACAGAUAUACUGAGAGUGGAAACUAAACGAAACUGCACAAGUCUGCAAGGUCAGAGGAGUUUCCUCUGUGGAAGUCUCAUCAAAGCUGAUAAAUGGGCAAAGUAUACAAACUUGCAAAGGAAGAAGUUGUAGAUAACAUUUAAGACAGAAAGGCAAGA